AUGCGGACCUGGUUUGGUCGUGGACGAAAGCUUCAACUGGCAGUUACAUCGUGCUGUCUGUGUGCGUUUGUCCUAUAUGGUUACGAUCAGGGUGUGUUUGGUGGCAUUCUCGAGAAUAAGGACUGGCUACAACAGUUUGACCACCCCGACGACACCCUGACCGGCAUCAUCACCUCCAGCUACAACCUUGGCUGUCUGCUUGGUUGCUUUGUUAGCUUCUUCGUCGGCGAAAAGCUUGGCCGCCGUCGCACAAUAUGGUUCGCCAUGGCUUGGAUUCUCGUCGGCGCUGCCCUCCAAGCCACGGCGUUCACCCGUCCCCAUCUCAUCGUCGGACGAGUUGUUACCGGUCUAGGGACGGGCCUUAAAACAUCCACCGUUCCAAUGUAUCAGUCCGAGCUUUGCGAAGGAAAGAAAAGAGGCCGUCUUGUAUCGACCGAGGUUAUGUUCGUCGGUAUCGGAAUCGCCUUCGCAUACUGGUGGGACUUUGCUUUCAGCUACGUCGGCGGUCCAUUCGCCUGGCGAUGGCCCAUCGCAUUCCAGGUGGUUUUUGCAUUCUGGGUGAUCGUGGCCGUGUUUGGCCUCCCGGAGUCUCCGCGCUGGCUCUACAAGCAUGGGGACAGGGAAGAGGCCAUCAACGUCCUAUCUGCCAUCAACGACAAGCCUGUCGACCACCCGGAUAUCAUCCAGGAAAUGGAUUCCAUUGGAGCGGCUCUUUCCACGGAAGCGGAUGCCGAGGGCAGCGUUUCUUGGACUUCGACAUUCAAGAAGGACAAAGUUAGCACGGGCUACCGGGUUUUCCUGGCCUGGUUCGUUCAGUUCAUGGAUCAAGCGGGUGGCAUCAAUUUGGUCGUCUACUACAUCCUCACCGUGCUCCAGAGAAACGUGGGCCUCGAGCACAAGACUGCUCAGAUUGUUGCGGGUUGCAUCCAGCUCAUGUUCCCCCUGGGCUCGUUUAUUCCGUCCGUCGCUCUGGAUCGGAUGGGCCGCCGCAGCACAAUGAUCUGGGGCUCCGCAGGUAUGUCCGUGUCCAUGCUCAUGGUCUCAGCCCUCCUAUCUCAGUCAGAUGGCACCGAUCGAGGAACGAAAUUUGCCUCCGGGUCUGUCGCCUUCUUCUUCACCUACAUGUUUAUCUUUGGAGCCAGCAUGAACUGCGUCCCGUGGGUCUAUGUCCCAGAAAUCCUCCCACUCCAUGCUAGGACCAGGGGAACAGCACUCGGCGUGAGCUCCAACUGGCUCUGGAACUUUGUUGUGGUCAUGAUAACACCCAUCAUUAUCAACCGCCUCAAAUGGAAGGCAUACUUGAUAUUCAUGGCGCUAAACUUGGCGUUUGUCCCCAUUAUCUACUUUUUCUACCCUGAAACCUCAAACCUGGCUCUGGAAGAGGUAGAUUGCAUAUUUUCCCGAGGUGGAAACCCGGUGUCUGUGGCUCGGGAGAUGCAAAAGGAACUUGCUAUUAACGGGCACUUGGAUCCGGAACGAACCAUAGGGCAAAACACAGCACCUGGUAGCAUUGUCGAUAGGAAGGAGGAGCUUGUUGAGCAUGUUAACAUGUAG